GCCCGGCCUUGCUCAACGCCUGGCGGUUGCCGCCGUCGCCGCCGCCCUCGGCCGCUGCCGAGGCUUCCCGCACCGCCAUGUCCGCCAGCGCCGUUUACGUGCUGGACCUGAAGGGCAAGGUGCUCAUCUGCCGGAACUACCGCGGCGACGUGGACAUGUCAGAGGUGGAGCACUUCAUGCCCAUCCUGAUGGAGAAGGAGGAGGAAGGCAUGCUAUCACCCAUCCUGGCCCACGGCGGCGUCCGCUUCAUGUGGAUCAAACACAACAACCUGUAUCUGGUCGCCACCUCCAAAAAGAAUGCGUGCGUGUCGCUGGUGUUCUCCUUCCUGUACAAGGUCGUGCAGGUGUUUUCCGAGUACUUUAAGGAGCUGGAGGAGGAGAGCAUCCGGGACAACUUCGUCAUCAUCUACGAGCUGCUGGAUGAGCUCAUGGACUUCGGCUACCCGCAGACCACAGACAGCAAGAUCCUGCAGGAGUACAUCACUCAGGAAGGCCACAAGCUGGAAACGGGGGCGCCGCGGCCCCCCGCCACCGUCACCAACGCAGUGUCCUGGCGCUCCGAGGGCAUCAAGUACCGGAAGAACGAGGUGUUCCUGGAUGUCAUCGAGUCCGUCAACCUCCUGGUCAGUGCCAACGGCAACGUGCUACGCAGUGAGAUCGUGGGCUCCAUCAAGAUGCGGGUGUUCCUCUCGGGCAUGCCUGAGCUGCGCCUGGGCCUCAACGACAAGGUCCUCUUCGACAACACUGGCCGUGGCAAAAGCAAGUCAGUGGAGCUGGAGGACGUGAAGUUCCACCAGUGCGUGCGGCUCUCGCGCUUCGAGAACGACCGCACCAUCUCCUUCAUCCCGCCCGACGGCGAGUUCGAGCUCAUGUCCUACCGCCUCAACACCCACGUCAAGCCCUUGAUAUGGAUCGAGUCCGUGAUCGAGAAGCAUUCCCACAGCCGCAUCGAGUACAUGAUCAAGGCCAAGAGCCAGUUCAAGAGGCGGUCAACGGCCAACAACGUGGAGAUCCACAUCCCUGUGCCCAAUGACGCCGACUCGCCCAAGUUCAAGACGACGGUGGGGAGCGUCAAGUGGGUACCUGAGAACAGUGAGAUCGUGUGGUCCAUUAAGUCCUUCCCGGGUGGCAAGGAGUACCUGAUGCGGGCCCACUUCGGCCUGCCCAGUGUGGAGGCAGAGGACAAGGAGGGCAAGCCACCGAUCAGCGUCAAGUUCGAGAUCCCCUACUUCACUACCUCUGGCAUCCAGGUGCGCUACCUGAAGAUCAUCGAGAAGAGUGGCUACCAGGCCCUGCCGUGGGUCCGUUACAUCACUCAGAACGGAGAUUACCAGCUCCGGACCCAGUGAGGGCUGCGACGGCCACGCCCCCGCCCCAGCGCUGGGGCUCCUGGUGGAAGCACCUGCCAAGCCUGCCAGAAGGAGGGGCCCCUGGUCACUGGCCACCCUCCCAGCAACGCCCAGGGACCCUCCUUCUCCAGGCGCACCUGCUCUGCCGUCGUCACUCUCAUCUCUGAAGUCCCUUCUCCCAGAAGAGGCUUGUCUUGUCUCUUGUCUCUCCCUGAGUCAGUUUGUGGGGAAGGAAACAAAAUCUUUCCCUCCAGAGAUCAAACGCAGCCUCUGUGCUGUCUAGCUCCCGGGCACUAGAAAGAUGGGGAAACACUCCCCAGGCCGCUGGCUGCACGCGGCAUCUGGCUGGGCUCUUGGGGCCACCGUCUUGUUCCUGUUCUGUUGAGUGUUGUAGGUUCUUAGAUGUUUCUAGGUUUUGUCUUGUUCA